GUGUGUUUUUGCUGGGUCAGGAGCUUACCAACAAUGCUGGACACAUAUGCUUUGGUAUAAAAGUGAGCGGUUCAGAGAUGGCCAGUGUAGCUCUGGCAACCACUCAAUCCUGAGGAACAACUAACCCAACUGUAAUCAUGGGCAGAGUCAUCUUCUACGAGGACAGGAACUUUCAGGGUCGCUCUUAUGAGUGUAAUAGCGACUGUGCUGACAUGUCUUCCUAUCUGAGCCGCUGUCACUCCUGUAGAAUAGACAGCGGAUGCUUCAUGAUGUACGACCGUCCCAACUACAUGGGAAACCAGUAUUUUUUUAAGAGGGGCGAGUACGCCGAUUACAUGUCUAUGUUCGGAAUGAGUGACUGCAUCAAAUCCUGCCGUAUGAUCCCUAUGCACAGAGGAUCCUACAGAAUGAGGAUCUAUGAGAGGGAGAACUUCAUGGGUCAGAUGUACGAGAUGAUGGAUGACUGUGACAACAUCAUGGACCGCUACCGCAUGUCUCAAUGUCAGUCCUGUCAUGUGAUGGACGGUCACUGGCUCAUGUAUGAGCAGCCUCACUACAGAGGCAGGAUGUGGUACGCAAGGCCUGGAGAGUACAGGAGCUUCAGCAAUAUGGGUGGCAUGAGAUUCAUGAGCAUGAGGCGUAUCAUGGAUUCCUGUUACUAGUGUUCUAAUGUUAAAAUAAAAUUUGUCUAAAUUAAUGAUUGGAUUUGUCUAUUGAAACCAUUUACUAAGACAAUAUCUUUCCAGAACAAACACCAAUGAAUUAAUAAAUAAAUCAUGCAUGUGAAAGUGUA